GGCGCCGGGCUGUCAGUGCGCGUGGGGCCAGCGAGCGAGCGAGCGGCUCCGGCUCCCGCGCCCGCUCCGGCCCGACUCUCCCCGGCCCCCGCUGCCGCCGCGCCGCUGCCUCGGCUGUCGGCCCGCGCCCCCCGCCCGGGGUCGCCCGCCGCCCCUCCCCCCAGCCCGCCCCCGUUUCCCCCCCUCCCGCCCCCAGGCCCUCCCCGGCCGAGGCAAGAGGUGGUUGGGGGACCAUGGCUGACGUUUUCCCGGCCAACGACUCCACGACGUCUCAGGACGUGGCCAACCGCUUCGCCCGCAAAGGGGCGCUGAGGCAGAAGAACGUGCACGAGGUGAAGAACCACAAAUUCAUCGCCCGCUUCUUCAAGCAGCCCACCUUCUGCAGCCACUGCACCGACUUCAUCUGGGGGUUUGGUAAACAAGGCUUCCAGUGCCAAGUUUGCUGUUUUGUGGUUCACAAGAGGUGCCAUGAAUUUGUCACUUUUUCUUGUCCUGGGGCGGAUAAGGGACCGGACACUGACGACCCCAGGAGCAAGCACAAGUUUAAAAUCCACACUUAUGGAAGCCCCACCUUCUGUGAUCACUGUGGGUCAUUGCUGUAUGGACUUAUCCAUCAAGGGAUGAAAUGUGACACCUGUGAUAUGAACGUGCACAAGCAGUGUGUGAUCAACGUCCCCAGCCUCUGCGGGAUGGACCACACAGAGAAGAGGGGCCGGAUCUACCUGAAGGCCGAGGUCACCGAUGAAAAGCUCCAUGUCACUGUACGAGAUGCAAAAAAUCUAAUUCCGAUGGAUCCAAACGGGCUUUCAGAUCCUUACGUGAAGCUGAAACUCAUCCCUGAUCCCAAGAAUGAAAGCAAGCAGAAAACCAAAACCAUCCGCUCCACGCUGAACCCUCAGUGGAAUGAGUCCUUCACGUUCAAAUUGAAACCUUCUGACAAAGACCGACGGCUGUCCGUAGAAAUCUGGGACUGGGAUCGAACCACAAGGAAUGAUUUCAUGGGAUCCCUUUCCUUUGGAGUCUCGGAGCUGAUGAAGAUGCCAGCCAGUGGAUGGUACAAGUUGCUUAACCAAGAAGAAGGUGAGUACUACAACGUACCCAUUCCAGAAGGAGAUGAAGAAGGAAACAUGGAGCUCAGGCAGAAAUUCGAGAAAGCCAAGCUUGGCCCUGCUGGUAACAAAGUCAUCAGUCCUUCAGAAGACCGAAGACAACCUUCCAACAACCUUGACAGAGUGAAACUCACAGACUUCAAUUUCCUCAUGGUGCUGGGGAAGGGGAGUUUUGGAAAGGUGAUGCUCGCCGACAGGAAGGGGACAGAAGAACUGUACGCCAUCAAAAUCCUGAAGAAGGACGUGGUGAUUCAGGACGAUGAUGUGGAGUGCACCAUGGUGGAGAAGCGAGUCCUGGCCUUGCUUGACAAGCCCCCGUUCCUGACACAGCUACAUUCCUGCUUCCAGACAGUGGAUCGACUGUACUUUGUCAUGGAAUACGUCAACGGUGGAGACCUGAUGUACCACAUUCAGCAAGUAGGGAAGUUUAAGGAACCACAAGCAGUAUUUUAUGCAGCAGAGAUCUCCAUUGGAUUGUUCUUUCUUCAUAAAAGAGGAAUCAUUUACAGGGAUCUGAAGUUAGACAACGUCAUGCUGGACUCGGAAGGGCACAUCAAGAUUGCUGACUUCGGGAUGUGCAAAGAACACAUGAUGGAUGGAGUCACAACCAGGACCUUCUGUGGGACUCCAGAUUACAUUGCCCCAGAGAUAAUCGCUUAUCAGCCGUAUGGGAAAUCCGUGGACUGGUGGGCCUAUGGCGUUCUGUUAUAUGAAAUGCUAGCCGGGCAGCCUCCAUUUGAUGGCGAAGAUGAAGACGAGCUGUUUCAAUCGAUAAUGGAGCAUAACGUUUCUUACCCAAAAUCCUUGUCCAAGGAGGCCGUUUCCAUCUGCAAAGGACUGAUGACCAAACACCCCGGCAAGCGGCUGGGCUGCGGGCCCGAGGGGGAGAGGGACGUGCGGGAGCAUGCCUUCUUCCGGAGGAUCGACUGGGAGAAACUCGAGAACAGGGAGAUCCAACCACCCUUCAAGCCCAAAGUGUGUGGCAAAGGCGCAGAAAACUUUGACAAGUUCUUCACGCGAGGGCAGCCUGUCUUAACACCACCUGAUCAGCUGGUCAUUGCUAACAUAGACCAGUCUGAUUUUGAGGGGUUCUCAUAUGUCAACCCCCAGUUUGUGCACCCCAUCUUACAGAGUGCGGUAUGAAACUCACCACUGAGAACUAACGCCUCCCCAGCCCCCAGCCCUCCAGCAGUGGGAAAUUAUCCUUAACCCUAAAAUUUUAAGGCCAUGGCCUUUUUCUCUUGUUCCAGAUGGAGGCCUGAAAAUUUUAGGGUUAUUAGUCCAAAUGUGAGUAACUGCUCAAGGUUUCUCUCUUACAACCAAGAACAUUAUCUUAGUGGAAGAUGGUAUAAUGUACAGUGUUCAGUUUAAUUAUGUAGAAGUCACAUCUGGCUGUAGAUUAACCGUUCCUAAAAAACAAACUCUCCCCCUUUUUUGGUACGAUUUGAUAUAUUUUCCAUGCCCUCUGUCAGUUACCACCAUUGGGAUUUCCCCAACCAGAGAUGUUAAAAUGAAUCUGUCCCGGUCCAGUGGGCAAGAAAUAUCUCCACCCGAGAUGUCUUUGGAAUCAAAGAAUGGGGACCCCAGAAUGUGAGCCAGGCAGGAUUGGGGUGGGGGAGACUUUGAAAUACCUGCUGCUUCUGUUCUCUGCCUCAAUGGAAACAGACCCUAGAAUUCAAGAGGCUGAGAUGAACCAAGUCCCUACUGGUGAGUCAUUUACAAGCUGUUACCAGACAUUGACAGUCUUAACCCAACCAUGGUUCGGUGAUUACUGGUUUUAAAAAACAGAAACCUCAGAGGAACAUUGGUGAAUCUGUCAGCUACCCUAUUUGGAUGAUAAAUUAUCUUGAUACUUGCAUUUCUUUCUAAGAGGCCAAAUCUAAGAACUUUGCUAAAUCAGCAUGUGAAAUCAUUUCAGAUCAAGGAUAAACCAGUGUGUAUGUAUGUUCAUUUUAAUCUCUGGGAGAUUAUUCUGUGAUCCAGGGUGCCAUCCGCAAUCAUGCCACUACUCACGAGUGUUGUUAGCCAACCCCCACCCCAACCAAUAUUUUGCUACCUACUUCCUAAGAAGCUGAAGCAUAUGCCCCAUCCCCUUUUGUACUUAUUUAUUUAAUAGGCUGCGGUGUCGUUUAUGAGAGUAUGGUGUACAGUAACUUAACAGAGUGUUGACUGUAGCAUAAGUCUCCAUUGAUCGAUUUCCCUCCCAUCUCCAGCCCCUGACAUCCACCAAGAGAUGGAAACCAAUACACUUUUGGUCCCCAUUUCCAGAUCAUGUUGAAUGACACACCUGGAGCUGUAGAAUCAGGAAAAUCUGGAUGCACAUCAGCUCAAAGAUAUUUUAUUGCUAGAAGGAUUUUAAUAUGUUUUGCAAAUGCAUCAUGCAAUGAAUUUUGCAUGUUUAUAAUAAACCUUAAUAACAAGCAAAUCUAUAUUAUUAAUAUAAUCGUAUCAAGUAUAAAGAGAGUAUUAUAAUAAUUUUAUAAGACACAACUGUGCUAUAUUUGUGAAGGCUCUUGUUUCUAAUCUGCUUUUAUGAUUAAGUUUUAGCUUAAUUCCUUUCUGCUGUGCUUCCUCUCCCCCUACCCCAUGCAUACCCUGCACACUGGCAUUGUAUCAGAUAUAUUAAUUUCCUAUCGUAGAUCUAAUUUUAAAAAUGAAUGGCUAUUUUACAUGAUUAAUUAGGCGCAUAUAUAUAUUUAUAUAUAUAUAUAUAUAUAUAUUUGAUUCUACCUGCAAACAAAAGUUUGAUUGUUGAGGAUUAUUUCUGAGAUGACACUCUCUCCUAGUUCCUUAGCACCAUCUUCUGUUCUGGUUCCUAUUCCACUCUUCCUUGGGGACAGCGGGAAGUGUUUGGCUCCCAUAUGCCUAGUAUGUUUGUGCAGGUGUGUGAUGUUGUUGCAGCCCCUGGGCUGGGACUUUGGUUUUUCCUUUUCAGCCUUGUUACUGUUAGUGAUUCGGGGUGGGAGGGAUGGGAAGACGCCCAUCCUGCUAUGAGUGCAUGGACACACCAGGAGCACGCUCUCCACCCCCGGAACGACUCGCCGUUUGCUCCAGUACAUUACAGACUUGAUGAGACAAACCGUCCGGUCCACCAGCCCCUGGAAACAGCCAUGCCCUGGCUCUAUCAGCAGACUCUUUAGAAGCUGUAGGUUUUCUUCCACCUAUUGCUAGAACUGGCCUUUCCAGUCUUGUGAAGAACAUCUCUGUGGUGAGACACUGUGCUAACAAUGCAAGGUCCUCAGAGACGCCAGCCUCCUACAACGGAAAGAACAUGGAAGCAAUUACCAUUUCUUACAGGGGCCUGUUUCCCCUUAUCCCCCGAAACGAACCUCCCAGCUAAGCACCUCCCCAUUUUUACUCUUUGGCUGUUUGUCCAAAAUUCGUGUAACAUACAACCACAGAAGGGUAUUUGAGAUGAGAGAACCAGUCUGUCCUGGAAAGCCUCGACUGGAGGAAGAGGUGGGGUAGGCAGCGCAUCGUCCUGGAAAAGAGGAGCUCCCUCUGCACCAUCUUUUAUGGGCUAUAGACUUCAGAAUUCAAAAAGGGCCCUAGCACACCCAGAGCUGCAGUCCUGCUGACCCGUGCACCUUUUGGGGACACUUCCUCACCAGGUACACGUCACUCGGUUGGAAAAAGGGGCCAGUUUAUAGAAUGAGCCUAAGAAACAAGAAAGCCAGAUGCCCUGCCCCCGGACGGACCCCCAGCCAAGCCCCAGACAGUGAGGAAAGUUUCAGAAAGGACCACAUGGGGUUAUGACCAUUUGUUCCCGAGCCCCAUGCUGCCUGCUUGUUUUUAAACCAGCAGCAUCCUCAAGCUUUCCCUCAAACAGCCAACACAUUUCCAAAUUAUUCAUAAUUCUCCAGGAACCAUACUCGGCAUCUCAGCCAACUUGUAUUCUUUCAGAAUGCCUGGCAAAGUUUUAAAAGAAAAUAUCCUGGCUGGGGGCCCAGCACUCGGCCUGCAGGACAGCAGCCUUGAGCACAAACUUGAAGGAAAGACAGUAAAACUCAGGGCCUGGUGAAGUGUUACCCGUGAUGUACCCUGUUUGGUACAUGGUUUUGCACCAAGUUUAGAUAAGGGCUAAAUGUUUUAAAGGUCUGAGAAGCCAAGACAGUUACUGCUGAAAGGAUAAACCAUGUGGGUAACCGUUACCAGCUGUUAGACGAGCUUAUAAAGGAAUUGAUUUAUAGAAGAUGGUGGCAUAGCCCCACUUCACAGGUGUCGUAUGGUAUAAAAGCCCAGGGAAGGGGCGCUUUGCUGACUGCAGCUGGUGUCCAGAACAAGGAAAGCACCCUAAAUGGCAGAUGCCUGGGGGCCUCUUGAAAUACCAGCCCAUGGGUCCCACCCAUAUUACUAGGGACCGUGGAGGUCCAGGGCCCAGGCAGGAUCUAGCACAGGCUCGUUCUCCCCCAGACUCCUCAGUCUGUAACUCUGAGAGGCCGUCCACACUGCCCUGCAUUAUUUUCCCUCGAACAGUGGCUGCUUCUAAGCGGCAGAACUUCACUCAGAGGCUACAGACCAGCCGGGCUGGCAGCCCUUCUCUUGACAUCUUGUCUAAAAGCACUGGAUGCUUGGUUUGGAUUGAAGUGUGUGGAGUGUGCUGCCGGGUGCAGCCUGCAGAAGUCAAGGGGAGGUUCCCUGAAGGCAGGAAGCAAGUCAAAAGGUUGAUAGGAGACGCUAGGAACCGAAAUGAUUGCUCUUCAGUGCAUCUACGUCUCUUUUAUCCCCAUGACCUGGUACAGGUGAAGGCAGAGUCACUGUCUGCCUUUUCUUAGGAGAUGUGUUAGGCUUUCUUGUUAGGGAUUUUGGCAGAAAAUCAGAGAGCCUAGGGCACUUUGGAACUUCACCUGACAUGGCUGGUUAAAAGGUGGUGAAAAGCCAAGUUUGAUGUCAGCCAGCAGAGGGUUGGGGAGCACAUCUCUGAGUUGCAGCCCUUAGCAGAGCGUGCAGCUUACUUGCUGGAAGGAAUGCGCAGACCCCAAGAGAGAUACCCAUUGAUCUUCCGAGAAGGGGGAGGUCAGUGGAGGCCGAGGUCAGUAAGGCAUUUAGAGAAGAGCAGGGCUUGAGGGUGACCAGAAGGAUGCCUGCAAGGAGGAGGAAGCCGGGAGGGUGUGGAAGGAGACGGCAUCUAACACUGGAAGCUGCUGCUAUCUCCAGUGGCUCUGCGUUGUUGGUUGUUGACAGAUUUGACAGCACCUGCUGGUCCUUGAGAGCAAUUUUGUUGCCUGAAACACAGUCUAGUCCUCCUCAGAAAACAUCUCCUGAAUGCCAGCCACUCCCUCACUAGCUGCCUGAAGCCUGCUCCCCCUGCCUGCCUUGGAGUGGCUCACAAUCCCCUAAGCAGAGCCAGACCACCCAGCAUAGCCUGGAAGCCAGCAGGUUCCCGCCCAUUUUCCUCUGUGGCUUCCUGCCGAGAAUCAUGGCAGCCGGGGAUGGAUAGGGAAGUGGCAAAAGUAACUAACACUCCAGUCCCCACCUGAUUGCACUUAGCAGGACAAAUUUGGGUCUUUUAUGCUGGGAUUCGGUUUCCCAGUACUGAAGAGGGAGGAAAAGUGAGAGUCUUAUAUUUUUAAAUGCCUCAGAAAGGCAACACCAACUGACUGUCAUUUUCUCACUUUGGUCCUAUUAAGUCAGUCACCUAUUUCCUGUGGGUACAUAUCACACCAUUUCCUGUCCCUUGAAACCCAGCAAGGGCAGGGUGCUGGUUCCCCCACUGAGCACACUCAACAGUCAUCAUCAAGAAAAUAGACACUGACCUGGGGACCCAGGUCCUAACAGUCACAGGAGUGACAAAACCAUGACAAUGACAACAAAGGAAAGGGGCCCUCUGCCACUUAGUGACCGCACACUAAUUUGACAAGUGGAGAAAUCAUUUUUAAAACAUUUCCCUUGAGUUCCUUGGGCUAUAUCUUAUGAAAUAUACCAGACUGUAAGCAUUUCUGUCAUUUCCCAUUUGAGCUGAUGCAACAAAUCUAGGGUAUGCUAUAUAUUUCUGCUGCAAAAGAUAUAGAAAAUUGGGAAAGGUUACCUGAGGUACAGUGAGCGAAGGCAUCUAGAAAUGGGGUCAACCCCAAUUCAGCUAAUUCUCUAAUAUCAGGGACUCUUUGGAAGGGUUGAAAUCAUGUAUGACCAGGAAUCUCGUGCCUCUGAUUUAUGUUCAUAACUGUGUGUAAGUCUCAUUCAGUCAUCAAACAGCCUUACAGUGGCCCUACACUAAGGUCCGUGGGUUCCAAAGACUUUUUCUUAAACCUUAAGGAAGAAAUUAAUGUGUUGAUUCCAACAGAAAAACUGAGUAUACUGGGCUAUUUGUACUUUUUUAUAGAGAACUUUAAUAACGCAAUUCUUCUUUUAAAAUAAGUUUUUAAAAUAAAAUUACUGACACUUUCAUAAGAUUCCAAUCCCUCGGAGCCUAUAGGAGGUCAGGCUGGAGCACUUCUGAUCUGCACCCCCACUGCAGGAUUUUCCCAUGCCAGUGGUAUAUGGAGUCCACAUCAGAAUGGCUGGAAACCAGGUGGAAUGUGUUGUCAGACUGAUGUCUUCCAUGUUUUUAAUGGGGAUAACCGUCUAAGGUCUAGAAACUUUUGGACCAUAGGAGAGAGAGCUUUGUUGUCCCUAUUUAUUAUUUAUUGUCCUGGCCCUAGGAUGGCAUUCCCCUGGGGUCCCUGGGGUCCCUUUCCUUGCUCUGUGAGGCUCUGUGACUACCUUUUGGUUUGAGGGGCAGGUCAUUUCCUCAGCUCUGUCUCCAGUCCCCAUGGGUCCCCACAUCUCACAUUCAGUGAAAAUUCAGAGGUGCCCUGUAGAGCUUCUGUCCACUGGGCAAUUCAUAUCUAAUUCAAUGUCCCCAAGAAAGCAGACACUCCCUGGGGCAUCUGUUUCAGAAUCCUCUCUUAUGUGAGUAGACAGAACCCCACUUUUCAGAAACUAUCAAGUCUAAUUUAUAAGAACCUUUGUUGUUGUUUUUUCUAAAAUAAGACAAAAGGUGGCUUUGCAUUUUCUGAUUCAAUAACUUUGUCUCCUCUGCUUAACUUUAGGAGUAUUUAUUCCUGUGAUUGCUCGUAGAAUUUUGUUGAUAAUCUUCCUGGAAGAAUGUGAUUCUUUUCUCAAGGGGCUUAGUGGACUAUUGAAAAUCAUCCAUCAAAGGCAGUUAUUCUUUUGAGCCUAAAUGGUCUAAAAAUUCGCCUCAUAUCCUUUCUAUCAGGAUCUUUCAAAAUAGCUUUUAUAGAUGGUCAGAGACAUUUGAAAUCAUUGCUUUUGCCACAUGAUUGUGUGUGUGUGUGUGUGUGUGUGUGUGUGUGUGUGUGUGAAGGACAUGUCAUGUUUAAAUCGUUAAUUGAAAAACACCAUGUAAGACCCCAAAUUCGGAUGGAGGAGGAAGAAGAACAGAUGGAGGUUGAGGUUUUUCCUUCUGUAUAAACACCUACUGAUGAAACGUAGAGGCCAUUCAACUGUCCAGAAACAUUUGGUUCAAAGCAGGCGAGAUGGAUGUGAUAAAUUACUGCACUGCUGUCCUCAGUUUGUAUAACCUCUGAUCUUGGUUUGCAUGAUAUGCCUUGUUAGACACAUUAAUUGUAGUUUGGAAGCAAGUGUGUACAAAUAAAUAUAAUGAUCAUUCCUCCA